CUCUUCCUGGUUUUCCAUCUGUUCUCCUACCCCAAACAGUACUUUAAGGUUUGGAGCAAUGGCGCCCGAAAGUCACAUGUCCGAGCCCAUCUGCCUGAUCGAGAACAGGGACAGGAAGCUCUUUGUCUGUGAAAAGGCCCUUCACCUGCUCUCUGAAAUUCGCCAGCCGGUGGUGGUGGUUGCCAUUGUGGGACUCUACCGAACGGGCAAGUCCUACCUCAUGAACAAACUAGCUGGCAGAAACUCAGGUUUCCCCCUGGGUUCUACGGUGCAGUCGAAGACCAAGGGAAUCUGGAUGUGGUGUGUCCCCUACCCUGGCAGGUCUGGUCAGACUCUUGUGCUUCUGGAUACAGAGGGACUAGGCGAUGUGGAAAAGGGCGAUACUCAAAAUGACACCUGGAUCUUCGCUUUGGCUGUGCUCCUGAGCAGCACCCUGGUCUACAACAGUUUUGGUGCCAUUGACCAGCAAGCUAUGGAUCAGCUUCACUAUGUGACAGAACUCACGGAGCGCAUCAAAGCCAAAUCGUCCCCCGGGGGCGGCAGUGGGGGACUGGAAGACUCUGCUGAGUUUGUCCGCUUCUUCCCAAGUUUCGUCUGGGCCUUGCGGGAUUUCACCUUGCAGCUGGAGCUGAAUGGGCGCCCCAUCACUGAAGACGAGUAUCUGGAACAUUCCUUGAGAUUAAAGAAAGGUGAUGCCUCUGAUGUUCAGCUGUACAACCUGCCUCGCAAAUGCAUCCGGAUGUUCUUCCCCACUCGCAAGUGUUUCAUUUUCGACCGCCCCACUACUAGGAAGAACCUGCCCCGGCUGGAGUCGAUGCAGGAGAGCCAGCUGGAACCUGACUUUGUGGAACAAGCCGGCCAGUUCUGCCGCUACAUCUAUAGAACAUCCAAGGAAAAGACCAUCCCAGGAGGACACUUUGUCAAUGGCCGCUUGCUGGCGAACCUAGUGACGACCUAUGUGGACACCAUUCGCAGUGGGCAAGUGCCUUGCAUGGAGAGCGCAGUGCUGGCCUUGGCUGAGAUUGAGAACUCGGCUGCUAUCCAUGAUGCUACUGUGCGCUACGGGGAGCUGAUGGAUCAAAAGCUGAAGCUUCCUACAGAGACGGUCCAGGAGCUGCUGGGGAUCCACGCCGAGUGUGAGAAGGAGGCCCUGCAGGUGUUCCUGGCUCGUGCCUUCAAGGAUGACAAACAACGGUUCCAGGUGGAACUCAUGAAAACCAUGGACCAGAUGAAGGAGGGCUUCUGCCAAAAGAAUGAGCAGGAAUCUUCAAAACUCUGUUGGGCUGUGUUGAUGUCCUUGUCUGGGGAGUUGGAGGAAAACAUCAAACAGGGGGUUUACUCUCGUCCUGGCGGUCACAAGCUGUUUUCAGAUGACCUGAAGGAAAUGGAACGGAGAUACCACCAAGAACAGAAAAAAGGAGUGAUGGCAGAGACAGUCCUACAGCGGUUCCUCAAGGAGAAGGAGAAUGUCAGCAGAGCCAUACUGCUAAGUGAUCAAGCUCUCUCAGAGAAAGAGAAGGAAAUGGCAGAGGCGAAGGCAAAGGCUGAAACUGCGCAGCGAGAGCAGGAGAUCCAGAAGCAGAAGCAAGCUGAGCUGGAACAGAAGAUGGAGGAUCAGAAACGGAGCUACGAACUGAACAUCCAGCAGCUGGAGGAGAAGAUGGUGAAAGAAAGGGAAAAUCUACUGAAAGAGCAGGAUAGGAUGAUGGAUAGUAAACUCAGGGAGCAAGAGGCUUUGCUGAAGGAUGGAUUCCAGAAAGAAGCAAAUCGACUAAAUGAGGAGAUUAAUCAACUGAGACAACAGACUCAAAAGAUCAAGGAGCCAUCUUGGAUUGGCAGGGUGUUGGGUGGCCUGGCAGAUGCUGUCACAUGUUUUUUGCCUGGUGUUGUCUCCAAACUUGCUGGAUCGCUGGUUUCUAACUUUAUAAAGCGCUUGUGAAUGAUCAAGCAGGAAAAGGCCUUGUCUGGAACAUUUCCUGUCCUGUCCUUCCAAGAUUGUAUUGAAGAUGCAGAUUGGGUGCAGAUUUCCUUGAACACAUUAAAAUGGUGCUGUACUUGUCAAAGGCAACCUCUUUACCAAGCCAGUUAGCUACUUGCAUGCCUGUUGCCUAUGAAGGACUUU